AUGGGAAUCUGGAUCACGGAGGUGAGAGCCAUUGUGUCACCUCCACUCAGUCGACAGCACUCCUUCUGGCUCUGGAGUCAGAGCGGACGCUUUGAGGAGCAGUACACCCCCACCAUAGAGGACUUUCACCGGAAAGUCUACAACAUCCACGGGGAGGUCUACCAGCUGGACAUCCUCGACACCUCAGGCAAUCAUCCCUUCCCAGCUAUCAGGAGGCUAUCCAUCCUGACAGGGGACAUCUUUGUGUUGGUGUUCGAGUUGGACAGUCGUACUUCCUUUGAGGAAGUGGAACGUUUGCACCGACAGAUCCUGGAGUGUAAGACCUGCCUGAGAACCAGGGCGGGGGCCGGGGCGGGGGCCGGGCUGGGGGUCCCCAUCAUGCUGGUGGGGAACAAGGCUGACCGGGGGGAGCCCCUGCGGGCUGUGCGGGGGGAGGAGGCCGAGCAGCUGAUCGCCGGAGAUCAGAACAGCUCCUACUUUGAGAUCUCGGCCAAGAGGAACACCAACCUGGAGGGGAUGUUCCGGGCGCUGCUCAGUAUGUCCCAACUGCCCCACGAGAUGAGCCCUGCGCUCCACCGCAAGGUCUCUGUGCAGUACAGCGAGGCCUUCCACCGCAAGUGCUCCCGCUCCCGCUCCCGCUCCCGGGGGGACAAGGACAAGGUGGCCCUGGGGAUGGUCUCCCCCUUCGCCCGGCGCCCGAGCGUCAACACCGACCUCAUGUACCUCAAGGCCAAGGUCCUGGGGGGUGAACAGGACCGACACAGAGAGAAGUGCAGCCUCCAGUAACACAGCCCCGGGCCGGGGGGAGGGGGGGGGAUGGAUGGACUGGUUACCUUCUCCUCUCCUUCC